UUUUUCAAAGUCUUGCAACAUUUGUGGCAGAGUCAAACCCUUGGACACGCCGCACAAGGUCAGCGGCACUUGCAUGAACUGCUGCUGUCAGCUGGCCGUGAGCACGUUGUUGAAGUACAGACAGAGACCGGGUUAUUAAUAUAAUUCAAACUUUAAAGUUACCUCAAUGAUGGCCAGAGGAAGCCGCAGCCGUCCCUCAGCUCCAGCCAGUCCAGCUAUAUCCCAUGCCCCGGCCCCGGCCCCCGCUCAUGCACCUCCUGCUGCGAUGGCCCCGACUCCAGCUCCGUCCCAGGGUCCGGGCCUCAUGGCCCAGAUGGCUACCACAGCUGCUGGCGUGGCAGUAGGCUCGGCUAUGGGCCACGUCCUUGUCAGCGCCCUUUCAGGAUCGAGUGGUGGAAGCAGCAAUGCAGAGCCAGCCAAGCCUUCAUCCCAGGAGCCCCCCCGACCUGUUUCUGCUCCCGCCCAGCCAGGCCCAUGUCACUUUGAGGUCAAACAGUUCCUUGAUUGUGCCACCAACCAGUCAGAUCUGACUUUAUGUGAGGGCUUCAAUGAGGCGCUCAAACAGUGCAAGUCCUACCGAGGUGUGACAUCACUGGUGUAAAUGAAGGUCAUGAGCCGUCAUGACGGACAUACUGAAGACUUGACCACAUAACACUAAAAUGUGAACGUGUACCACAGGAAGUGAGCAUGUUGGUUUUGUUGAUUGAUGACAGUGUUAUGUAUGAAAUGUUUUUAGGCAUGUACAGUGAUACCCCCUUAAUAAACAGCUGCUAUCUAC